AUGGCGCCCGUCCCAGUCACCGUUUUCACCGGCUUCCUCGGCGCAGGAAAAACCAGUAUCAUUUUGAACCUAUUACCACAACUACCGAAGGGCUACAAGGCCGUAUUGUUGAAGAACGAAUUCGGCGACGUGGAGGUCGAUUCCCAGCUCGCGAAGCAGAGCAGUCUCACGGCUGUCAGCGAGAUCCUGAAUGGCUGCAUGUGUUGUGUCUUGGUGGGACAGAUGAAAACGGCGUUGCUAGAGAUCCUCGAGAAAUACUCCCCAGAUCGGAUUAUCAUCGAGUGCUCGGGAUCCGCGUUUCCGGCAACUCUCGCGUUCCAGAUUCGUGAGCUAGAGCGAGAGACGAACCGCGCACUAGCGCUCGAUGCUAUCGUUACGGUCAUCGACGCAGAGAACUUCGUAGGGUACGAAGACACGAGUGUCACAGCGCGCAUGCAAGCGCAAUACACCGAUCUCCUCGCCAUCAAUAAAUGGGAGUCUAUCUCGGAACGAGCUCUUGACGAUGUACUGGAGCAUCUCAAUACACUCAAUGAGCUCACGCCCAAAGUUCGCACGGCACACGCGACCCUCGACCCCAAGCUCAUCUUCGGUCUGGACUCCAAACUCUUCUUGGAUCCUGCGAGCAUACCCGGUGCCGACUCAUCGCAUCAUGAAGAAGUCGAGACGGCCACCGUAUGGCGCGGCUCCAAGCCUGCUCAUACCCAUGAUCAUGCCCACGAUCACGACCAUAGUCAUAGUCACGCCGACGAUCACCAUACAUCCGAUGCGCCUCCACUGGACGAACCCGUUGUCACUGCCGCCCUCGCGCCAAUCUCGAAGGAGACGAUCUACAGAGUCAAGGGCUUUGUCCGGCUUCCGACAGGUUUACGCAUCCUGAACUGGGCUUUCGGUCGCUUUGAGCUCGUCGAUCUAGCCGGAAGCGAAGAUGAUCAGGAGCUGGAGGGUGUACAGGUUCGGUUGACGGUCAUGGGCGAGCGUGGGGAGGUCAAAAGGGCGGCUCGAGCGUUGGCGACCAGGUUAGGCGCCGUUAUGACAUAA